CUCACAUACUUGUGAUUCGUGAACAAUGUCAGGCUGUAAACAGGGGAAAUGAUAUUAUUAUGUUAUAAAACUGUUUCAUUAACCCAUUAAUUUUUUUCAGCUGACAAGCGCUACAUUUAUUUAUUGCCAGUUAAUUCUACAAACUAACCGCACUCAGAGCGUUAUAUUACUGUGUCAUAGAAUGACGCUUUUACAAACGCUGGGAUUAAUACAAAUCGCGUGUGGCGUUGCGGUUUUUGUUAUCGACAUUGCAAAUUUUGCCAGCCUUUCCUCGCACGCCAUUAUCGUCAGCGCCGGGGCUUCGGGAAUCUGGGCCGGUACAUUUUAUCUCAUUGCCGGCUUGUGCGGUUUUCGUGCCGGUCGCGUAAUUGCCAAAGGAGAAAAAUCCCCCUUUCCAUCAUUAUAUUGUUCCCUAAUCCUGAGCGCGGUUUCCGCCGUGCUGGCCGUCUCCCUGGUCAUCGCCUUCAGUGUGUUCCUGAGUGUGGAGGAAGAAGAUCUGAUCUACUGUUCCAGCCGCAACACCCAGAUCCGCGACCGCUACUCCUCGGUGUGCACCUUCGCCCGCGGCAAAGUGAAGGAAUUCCUACCGGCUUAUCUGGUUUUCUCGCUGAUAAUGCUCCUUGUCUCCGUGAGUCAGUGUGUCAACGCGGCCACGAGGCUGGCCCGUUCCAAGUACACCAGUGUAAAUGUUCUCUGAUGCGUUUCAUUUGUUCUGCUCAGGAAUCAUAAUGUUAUUCGUAUGCAAAAUCUCAUCGGUGUCGAAUUUCUGCCACUAGCUGUGCUUGUGGUUGUACGUUUGCGCCGCAGUAUUGUUAUUCUAAAAAGCGGGACUUCGACAAAAAUUUGCACUUUUUGAUUUUCUAAUUGUAUGCUACUGUAGUCAGUAAUGCGCGGCGUUAAUCGAAUUACAGACUGACGAAAAUAAAGAAACUGGCAGGAAA